GAACGUAUUUUUGUUGCCAACUAUGCGUUCGCAGAGCCACUGUUCAACGAGGAGAACUUCCAGAAGUCCGUGUCAGGCCCUCUUGAGCAGGUUCGCCAUGCGGUCCAUGACGCGUACCCCGAUGAACCUAACUGGGCGGUCGCGCAUCGAACGCUGAUGCCCGCAUUUGGCCCUUUGCCGAUCAAGCAGAUGUUUGGAGAGAUGCAAGACAUCGUUUCGCAGAUGGUCCUCAAAUGGGCCAGAUUUGGCCCUGAGCACCCUAUCGAUGCUAGUGACGACUUCACUCGGCUUACAUUGGAUUCGAUCGCCAUGUCGCUGAACGACAAAACAGCNUGUGCAAUGGGCACCCGCUUCAAUUCGUUCUACCAUGAACAUCAGCACCCUUUUGUUGAUGCAAUGGUCGGAACACUCUCAGAGUCAUUCGCCAGAUCCAGAAGACCUCCCAUGACCGGUUUCCUAUACAGGAAGCAGGAUGAGAAAUUCGAGCUCGACAUUGACAUCCUCAAAAGCACCGCACAGAAACUUCUGGAAGAACGCAAGAAAAAUCCUACUGACAAGAAGGAUUUGUUAAACGCCAUGCUGAACAACACCGAUUCAAAGACCGGACAAAAACUGAGUGAUGAAUCUAUCAUCAACAACAUGAUCACCUUNUUGAUUGCUGGUCAUGAAACCACCUCAGGCUUGUUGUCGUUCUUGUUCUACGAGUUACUCGAGAGUCCAGAGGCGUACUCGAAAGCUGAGCAAGAGGUGAUGGAAGUCUGCGGGAAGAAACCGAUCACUGUCGAACACAUGGCAAAGUUGCCGUAUCUCGAAGCUUGCUUAAGAGAAACCCUCCGUCUCCACCCUACAGCUCCAGCAUUUUCAGUUCAAGCCAAGUCUGAUCAGGAGAUCAAUGGAUAUACCGUCCGAAAGGGAGAACGUCUCAACCUCAUGCUUAGCAGAAUCCACCGUGAUCCCGAGGUCUACGGUGCGGAUGCUGAGAGUUUCAGACCAGAUCGCAUGAUGGGCGAAGCGUUCGAAAAGCUACCGGCCAACGCUUGGAAGGUGUUCAGGUUCUCCAAGGCUAGCCCUAACUACACUCUGAAGAUCAAGACCGCCUUGACCAUCAAGCCAUCCGGAUUCUACAUUCAUGCCACUGUCAAAGACCCCAAUUUCCUCGAGCAGGCUGGCAUAGGAUUCACGCAAACAGAAUCGACAACCGCGAAGAAGGACUCCAAGAGCAAGCAUACCAAUGACGCAAACUUGACACCUUUCACUGUCCUGUACGGUUCCAAUACCGGCACUUGUGAAGCUCUCGCUCAAGCUUUCGCUGACGCAGCAAAUGACAACGGCUUUACAGCUACUGUCAAGACAAUGGACAGCGUCACAGGCGUGCUUCCAAAAACUCCGCUUGCAAUCAUCACGCCCAGCUACGAGGGCCAGCCGCCUGACAACGGAGCUCACUUCGUUGAGUGGCUCAAGUCUGCUGAUGCGUCAGAACUCAAGGAUAUCCAAUAUGCUGUCUUUGGCGUUGGAAAUAAGGAGUGGAGGGCUACUUACCAGAAGGUUCCGACCACAGUCGAUGAUACGCUGGCAGCAGCUGGUGCCAAGCGCCUCACCGACAGAUAUGCUGCUGAGGUCAACGAAGGUAACAUCUUCGACAAUUUUGAUGCUUGGCUGAACGACCAGUUCUGGCCUGCGCUUCGCGAAGCGACUGGACAGAAAGCCAAUGCCGCUGGUGGAAGCGGUGUCAAAGAGCUCAAGAUCAACAUUGAUACACAACUUCGUUCUACUCACCUUCGGUCCGAUGUCCAGCUUGGCGAGGUUUGCGAGACUCGCCUGCUCACAGCCCCAGGAGCUCCUAGAAAACGGCACAUUGGCAUUCGUCUACCUACUGGUGUGAGCUAUCGCGCCGGCGACUACCUGGCAGUGCUUCCAAUCAAUCCUGUGGAGGUAGUCAGACGUGUCAUGACUCGUUUCAGGGUUCCUUGGGAUGCUAUAAUGGAGAUCGAUCCCUCCAUGUCCACCGCUCUACCCACGGGCAAAGCCUUGCCGGUCCAAUCUGUGCUUGCCAGUUUGGUGGAGUUGAAUCAGCCUGUCACGGGCAAAGCUCUGGGUGCUGUGGCCGCGAGCAUCCCAGAAAAGGCAUUGUCUGAGGAGCUCUCCAAACGAUCUGAAGAUUACCAAAAGACCAAAGUCUCCCUUUUGGAUGUUCUCGAGGAUUACCCUUCUGCCACAUUCUCUCUGGGCCAGUUCCUUGCUUGCGUCCCUCCCAUGCGCCUGCGUCAGUACAGUAUCUCCUCAAGUCCUCUUGCCGAUCCUUCCGUCUGCACUUUGACUUACAGUGUCAUCGACGCACCCGCAAAAGGUAGAAAGAACGGCCAAAGAUUCCUUGGUGUCGCCACCACCUAUCUUGAGCGGCUCUCCGUGGGCGACCAAGUUCACAUUGGUUUGCGCCCAAGUCGUGCAGGCUUCCAUCUGCCAAAUGAUGAUUCGAAGCCCAUCAUCAUGGCUUGUGCAGGAACAGGUUUAGCUCCUUUCUAUGCCUUCGCCGCCGAGCGAGCUCUCAAGAAAGCUGGUGGUGGUUCUGUCGGCCCCGCGCUUCUNUUCUACGGUUGCAACCGACCUGAUGAGGAUGACAUGUACAAGGAGCAGUUCGACAAGUGGGAGAAAGAAGGCGUCAUCUCGGUUCGCCGCGCAUACACAUUUGCGCCUGAGGCCUCCGAAGAUUGCAAGUUCGUUCAAGAUCGUGUGUAUCACGACCGAGAGGAGUGCAUCAAGCUCUUCCAUGCCAAUGCGGAAUUGUACAUUUGUGGCGCUGGUUAUGUUGGCUCAGGAGUUGAGGAUGCAAUGGCGCGCAUCAGGAUGGAAUCGAAAGGAGUUGAUAGAAAGACUGCGGAAGAGUGGGUGAGUUCGACCAAGGGUGAACGAUACUGGGCAGAUAUCUUCAAC